AUGAACGUCAUUCAUUUCUGCUGGCUGGCUACUGUGGUGAUUGAGCAAUCUUGCUACCCCUCUUCAACGGAUAACUUUGGCAUUCAGGUGGAAAUCUUCGGAAAGGAAAGAACCUCUGAAAUCCACUCCGCCAAGACUCGUGAUCUACCCCCGUCCCAUCUCAUUCCCCCCCCUAUUGUUCUCGACAGAUUUGCGAUCGUCUCGACCUCCGAAUCGGCUUCAUCGCCUCGUCACGCCCAGCCUGGAGGUGGCCAGCCGCCUCAAUCCACCCAGUCAAACUACUCGCAAUUCUGUUUCGACGACUUUGAGGACGUGUGGGACAAUCUGGUUCCUCUGAACUCUGACCAACACGAUCUCUUUCCUGUGCAAGCAACGGAACGAAGCUGGUCCGGAUCCAUGGCCAACUCGCCUUCAUUCUCGUCCUCCCAUAGCCUGGAUGGCUUAGGAUCGGAUUUGUUUCCGUCGUUCUCCGGACCGGGGCAAGAUCCCAUGUUGUCGUCCACUUUGGCCCCCGAUGAGCCCUCCCUAUUGAGACCCGAGGAGCCCCGCCCAGCCCAAGAAGAGGAUAUUCUGCAAAUCAUGGCCCAAUCUUUGGAAGCAGACUCUGAUCAGGUGUCGGAUGUGGUCAUCCACUACUUAGAGAGCGACAGUGAGGCGGGCGAUCAGGAUGGGGAAGAAGACCGCUUGUCGCGGCCGCAGAGCAGCGCUAUGGAGACCGACCUGAUCUCAAGUGCGGGCGAAGAGACCGAGGAUGGCGGUCAGUCCAUCCAUCAAGACCACGACUACUUGCCGGCGGCUCAACCUAGUCAUAAACCUCAUCGCCGAGGCAAGAAACGACGCAAGCCUUUGGCUCAUGCUUGGUCUCAAAUGAAGCGUAUUGGAGUUCUGCAAGAGAAGAAGCCCUUGUACGAGUUGGAAUCGUUCGAAGACCCCAUCUUGGAACGAUGCCGGAAGAACGCCUUGGGCGCCAAAUUGAACCGCGAGAAGAAGAAAUUGGAACAAGAACGCAUCAAGCGAGAGUUGGAUGAACUCCGUCACCACAAUCGCAGCCUGAUGCGGCGAGCCCAACAAUCGGAUGCUCGGGCAAUGAAAGCCGAGCAAGAGCUAGCCCGCAUGAGGAGCCUCCUGGAAAAUCGCCAAAUGUCUGAUAUCGUGAAAAUGUCGAGCUGUUCGAAGCGACACACUUCCUUGCGCUCGCGGGAACAAUGCGUGGUUUGUUCAAAAGAUGCAGAAGAAUGAAAGUCCCUUACCUGAGAUGGGCUCUACCAGAAGGCGAGAGACCUUUUAAAUCUUCUGCUCUCCCGUGGCCUGGACCGGUCCGAGAACUGAGUGGGUGCCAGAAGCUAUUCUCGGAAAUGCCGUCAGUCGAUCCCACUCGGCUGACUAACUUUCCAGGGCCCCGCUCGGACCGGAUCCUGCUCAGCUGCGUUUUUGACAUGGGUAGGUGUCAAUCGCCUAGACUUGGAGCCUCUCUCCCUCCAAGUUGCCCCAACUGUUGGUCAGGUGUUAGUAAUCCAGUCUAAUUUCAGCCGGACUCUUCCCAAGCAGAUGAGCCACGAGCCAGUGGUACCCCAUACCUCUGGUUUCCCAAGCCAACCGAACAGUCCCACCCGCGAAAUAUUUUUUUCCAAUGGUGGGUAUCUAAAGCAUAGGAGAGAGCGAACUUAGUUUUAAGGUUAACUUUCAAGAUACUGGGUGUCUCAGUAACACUGUAACAUUAUAUACGAAUCCCUUAUAUUACAUCCAAUAAAGUUAUUGAAAAAUGUAA